AUGGGUCACAUGAGCGAAGUCGACAAGAACAGCUUACCAGAAAAUCAGCAUUAUUUCCUGCCGCAUCUUGCUGUCUUCAAAGAAAGCAGUUCAACCACGAAAUUAAGGGUGGCGUUUGACGCAUCAAAUGGAAUUUCUUUGAACGAUGCUAUGUUGGUAGGUCCAGCACUUCAACAAAAUAUCUGCGACAUAAUUCUUCGGUGGAGGUUGUAUAAAUACACUUUUACAGCUGACAUUGAGAAAAUGUAUCGUCAGAUCUUGAUAGCAGAGCAGCACAAAAAUUAUCAGCUGGUUCUAUGGAGAAAAAAUACUGAUGAACCUAUUAAAGUUUACAGGCUUAAUACGGUUACCUUUGGUACAGCAGCAGCUCCAUAUCUUGCGAUCCGAACUUUACAAAAGCUAGCAGAUGAUAAUUCGACAAAUCAAAUUACAUCCUCUAUGAUCCUUAACGAGAUGUAUGUAGACGAUUUAAUAUCUGGAGGAAACACAGUUGCAGAAGCUAAAGAGAAAAUAAAACAAAUAAAAUCAACGUUAGAGACAGCUGGAUUUAACUUACGUAAAUGGACUUCCAACUCUGAUGAGGUACUAUCGAGCAUUCCAAGAGGAGAACGGGAAUCUUCAUUCUCAAUGCCUCCAGAAGAUUCGGAACGAGUUAAAACGCUCGGUGUCCACUGGCUUCCUUCCGUUGAUAAAUUUUCUUUCUGCUACAAUCCGCUUCCAAAUCCGCAGCCGACAAAACGAUUCAUUCUAUCAACGAUAGCACGACUUUUUGAUCCCAUGGGUUGGAUUGCUCCAUGCAUUGUAAAGGCGAAAAUGUUUAUGCAACAACUGUGGGCGAAGAAGUUGUCAUGGGAUGAACAAAUCGAAUCGUCACUUCUGGAACAAUGGAAUGUUUUCUACAAUGACUUGAUAGCUAUUAACAAGAUCCAGUUUCCAAGGUGGGUAGAAACCAUCGGUGAUUUAUCUCGAGUCGAGUUACAUGGUUUCAGUGACGCUUCAGAAAAAGCAUACGGAGCAGCAGUGUACUUCAGAGUCGAAGACGAUAAAGGCCAGGCGAAAAUGCAUCUUCUCAUUGCAAAAUCCAGAGUUGCACCUGUGCAACCAGUUAGUCUUCCUCGUUUGGAACUUUGCGGUGCUGUGAUGUUAGCCCAGUUGUUAGACUAUGCAACUCAAGUUUUAGGCAACAAAAAUAUCAAGCAAUUUGCAUGGACUGACUCAACCAUUACUCUCUCGUGGAUUCGAGCAUCACCAACCAAGUGGGAGACAUUUGUAAGAAACAGAGUUGGAGAAAUACAGCGGUUGACCGCAAUCAAAAUAUGGAAACAUAUUCCAACACAACAUAAUCCCGCAGACUUGGUUUCAAGAGGUGUUUUGCCAUCGGAUUUACUUGAAAAUACAUUAUGGUGGAACGGGCCAGACUUUUUAUGCGAUGCCUGGGUUUUUCAGUAUCCUACACAACCAUUAAUAAGAGUUCAUCAAGCCGAGCGAAUUUUUCCUCCAAUCAACGAUCUUCUGAAAUCAAUAAAUUAA